CUUGGCGGAAAUGACGUCAUUGUCAAGGGAAUUAUGUAAACAAAAGGAAAGGAAAGGUCCUACAUCAAAAUGAUUAUCUACGUGGAAAGCAAAGCGUUUCCAUGUAAGACGUUUCUGGCUGUAGUCAAGCCAUCAGACAAGAUUGCCCGAAUCCGAGCACAUCUGUUACAUAUACUAUAUGACAUAGGCCGUGAGGACCUCCAGUUUAAACUACGCUACAAGGGCCAGUACCUGCGAGACGCCUUCUUCAUUGAAGACUAUGAAAUUCCAGAGAAUGCUGUCAUCAAAAUGCUGCCUGUCGCGAAAAGGAAUGAUACGAUGCUGGACAUCCGGUCCAUUGCCAGUACCAUGACGAUUAGUGUGGAUGCUAUAUCAACAUCAGGACAACAGGACGUAAAGGUGGAGCUGUUUAAGGAAAUCAAAGAGUUCAUUAGACGAGAGAAGAUGAUCAUGGCCUUUGAUGUAGGUUGAUCAGACUCACACUGAGUUAA